GGGACACGGCCGUGAUUCACUCGCUUACAGUCACAUACGUUCCGGUCAUGUGACUUGCGCCGUCGAAAAUGACCGCUGGACACAGCCAGCAGAACGCAGCAGUGGUCUUGUUGUUCAUUCAUUUCUGUUUCUCUGGUGGUUAUCAACUGACUGAGUUACAGGUGGGCCUGUGCCAUCUCUGCAACGGGACAGUCCAGAACGGCACAGCUGUGAGCCAGUUCUGUUCCGCGUCUGCGGGUUUGAUUGAUGGCCGCUGCUGCCUGCUGCGAAAAGAAAACGUCAGGGAUGCUGACCACGUCAUCGGGUUGGACCUAUCAAACUGUUCCCUGAGCCGUGUUGAAGACCUUCGAGAUGCAUUCAACGCUACAACAAUAGAUCUCUCACUGAACCCCAUUGUAAACCUGGACGAUUCACUGUUUGAAGGCUUUAUCCAGUUAGCUAACCUGAUUCUGCCUGCCAACCUGGUCUGUCCAGGAGGCAAUGCAUCAUGGGAUAAGGUGACGGUCAAAGGGGAAACUCAUUUUUGUGAAGGACAGAAAGACAUCUGUAACCAGACUGAUUAUUUGUCGUUGAACUGCCCUGAGAACUCUCUCUGUGUACCAUACGGUCCGGGCUUCUUUCAAUGUAGCUGCGUGGAGGACUUCCGUGGAUACAAGUGUCUUCGAGAGGGAAAGUUUCCUAUAAUCCAGGUGUUCGGGCCUCUAGCGGGCUCCACGGUCCUGGUCUCCAUCCUGCUAUGGGUCACCCAAAGACGCAAGGCCAUAUCAGUCUGAGGUUGUACCCGAGCCCCUGGUCUGAGGCCUAGUCCUAGGACAUUUUCAAGUGGUACUGACCUGAAACAGCAGGGGAAAUGCUGAGU